UAUCUGCCUCUCUCUGUCCGCUGGUUGUUGUCUCACGAGGCUUGAGUGUGACGGUGUCACGUUAACAUGGUUUGCAGGGCUCAGCCGCAGUAGCAGCAUAAGAAGAGAAAGAAGUAGAGACAGUAGCUGUGUGUUCCAAGCAGCCAGUCCGGACUCUCUCCCAUCUCACAUCUAUCGACCGGAGGACGCAGCCAGACAAAACCGAACUUCCCCCCAUCUCUUCCCGUCUCUCUCGCUCCCACGUCCCCAUCGCGACGCUCGGUGAUCAGGAGCUUGCGAAGCUCUCUCUUAGAUAAAGGGUUGUAACCAGGGUCCUGGUAGGUGUUGUUGCCACUGAGACCGAGUGUGUGUCGCCACGGUGUUGCGUCGUUGCCAUGGGGAAACAGAACAGCAAGCUACGGCCAGAGAUGCUUCAGGACCUGAGAGAGAACACAGAGUUCUCUGACCACGAACUACAGGAGUGGUACAAGGGAUUCCUAAAGGACUGUCCCAGCGGCAACCUGAACGUAGAGGAGUUCAAGAAGAUCUACGCCAACUUCUUCCCGUACGGAGAUGCCUCCAAGUUCGCCGAGCACGUCUUCCGAACGUUCGACACCAACAGCGACGGCACCAUCGACUUCCGGGAGUUCAUCAUCGCGCUGAGUGUCACGUCACGAGGAAAGCUGGAGCAGAAACUGAAGUGGGCCUUCAGCAUGUAUGACCUGGAUGGGAAUGGGUACAUCAGCCGUGAUGAGAUGCUGGAGAUCGUACAGGCCAUUUAUAAAAUGGUGUCGUCUGUGAUGAAGAUGCCGGAGGAUGAGUCCACGCCGGAGAAGAGAACAGACAAGAUCUUCAGACAGAUGGAUCUCAACAACGAUGGUAAACUGUCCCUGGAGGAGUUCAUUAAAGGUGCCAAAAGUGAUCCCUCCAUCGUGCGGCUACUCCAGUGUGACCCCAGCUCCGCCUCCCAGUUCUAAUCCCGCCCACCUGGCCUGCCACAUCCACCCCGGUUGCUAUGGAAACGCUCAAAUCAGUGCAUGAUGGUUCUCGUCUCUCAUAUCUUUUUGUUGUACAAGUUGGAAGAAGAGUUUUAAAAUGAGAUGAAACUAAAAUCAUUCUAAGUUUUUCUUUUUUUUAAGAAUAAAAAUAAAAGAAGGGACAUGCAUAGAUUAUUAUCAAGAAGAUAAUACGACAACUGAGAAUACAAAAAACAAGGCGUUGCCAAGGCAUUUCGUUGUCCGAUGUGUUUUCCCGUCUCUCUCCGGAUCCGGAAGGAUGGAAUUCUGCUGAGCUCCGCUGCCUCACAACGCCCGGGAAGUCCGUCGGCCAUUUUUUACAGAGUCUGGAAUUUGGGGGAGAGAAUUAAGGGAACAUUCCAUCCUGAGAACCAUCCAUGGCCCUCUGUGUUCUAUUUAUUCUGUUCAAUAGAUAAUGUUUCUCCUCCAAUCAAGGCACAGCUUCUACAAUUCAUGUGUAAAAAGAAUGCAUAUAUAUAUAUAUAUAUAUAUAUAUAUAUAUAUAUAUAUACCAGUCAUGACAUCAUACAAAAUUAAUAGCCAAGUAUAUCUGUCUUUUAUAACUCGGUGCAUUCAGAAGGCAGUAUUAUGUAACUGUGCUCUGAUCCGAUAUGGGAAUUCCGUAGCGGUUUUCCGUAGGGGGAAUAUGAGACAGGGAAAGGAAAGGAGUUGGGAAUGUUCCUGCUAACUGAUCUCCCACUGGGGGGGCUGUUGAAAAUACCAUUGGGUUUUUAUUAUUGAUUGUUAUUAUUUUAUAACAUAGUAAUGCUUUUCCUCCUCAUGUUGUUUACUUAUUAUUGAUUCAUUUUAAUCAUUGUGGUUGUAUUUUUGAUUUUGCCAUUGAAGACGGUCAUAACCCAAUACUGGAGAAGAAUCGAAAGAAAGAUGGAUAGAUGGAUAGAGAGAUAGAUAGAUAGAUAGAGAAAUAGAUAGAUAGAUAGAGAAAUAGAUAGAUAGAUAGAGAAAUAGAUAGAGAGAUAGAUAGAUAGAUAGAGAAAUAGAUAGAUAGAUAGAGAAAUAGAUAGAUAGAUAGAGAAAUAGAUAGAGAGAUAGAUAGAUAGAUAGAGAAAUAGAUAGAUAGAUAGAGAAAUAGAUAGAUAGAUAGAGAAAUAGAUAGAGAGAUAGAUAGAUAGAUAGAGAAAUAGAUAGAUAGAUAGAGAAAUAGAUAGAGAGAUAGAUAGAGAAAUAGAUAGAGAGAUAGAGAAAUAGAAAGAUACUUGGAUAAUGACUUGUCUUUGGAGACCGUCUGUCUCAUAUCUGUCCACGAUGGAAAGGGAAAACGAAGAACAUUUGAUUAGAUAAUGCAUUUGAUCAACGAAACCGGUAGCAUCAAAUCAUAUCAUUUGAGCCGUCACGAGUGCAUGCGUGUGUGUGUGUGUGUGUGUGUGUGUCUGAGUGUGUGUGUGUGUGUGUGUGUGUGUGUGUGUAUGUCUGAGUGUGUGUGUGUGUGUGUGUAUGUCUGAGUGUGUGUGUGUGUGUAUGUCUGAGUGUGUGUGUGUAUGUGUAUGUGUAUGUGUGUGUGUGUGUGUGUGUGUGUGUGUAUGUCUGAGUGUGUGUGUGCAUGUGUGUACAGUAUGCAUGUGUACAGUUUGUGUAUGUCCAGGCUAACUUAACAGUCUAAUCAAUAAUGUUGUUUAUUGACAUGUAAUAUAAAGUAUUUAAAAGUUAUUUAUUUGAACACUUUAUUACAUCACUGAGCAGUAAAGUCGUCACAUUGUCAACAAACACUGCAUGGUGCGCACAAAAAACACAGGAAAUAUGAUUAGUAGCUUUUCUCUCUUCAGCAGCACUCUUACUGUAGCCUACCAGACCACUCUUACUGUAGUCUACCAGACCACUCUUACUGUAGCCUACCAGACCACUGUAGUCUACCAGACCACUGUAGUCUACCAGACCACUCUUACUGUAGCCUACCAGACCACUCUUACUGUAGCCUACCAGACCACUGUAGUCUACCAGACCACUCUUACUGUAGUCUACCAGACCACUCUUACUGUAGUCUACCAGACCACUCUUACUGUAGCCUACCAGACCACUGUAGUCUACCAGACCACUCUUACUGUAGCCUACCAGACCACUCUUACUGUAGUCUACCAGACCACUCUUA